AUGUUGAAAUGGUGGUGGCGGUUCCACGCUGCCAUUUUGCCUUCGUGCGGAGCCCCGAGAAGCACCAGGGCCGCCCCAGCGGGCCCAACUCCGUCUAGGGGCUCCAGUGUCCUCAAUGCACUACAACUUUGUCACACACUCAUAACCCAAGAGGCAUAUCUAAACACACGUUCACUGGCUCAAAACGCCGUCGCCUCGGACGGCGAUGUCAUCGGCGCCAGCCCGCGCCGCACAUGCCUUUGCACUUCCGCUCCACGCACU